GGAACAACCGCUAACAUCGUAGCUGGAUGUGAUGCCGUUACGGAUGGAGGCACUCAGCCUGGCGUUGCUUCAAUGUCACUUGGCGGCGGUGAAAGUCUUGCCAUGGACUCAGCUGUAGAGCGAAUGAUAGCUGCUGGAUACACUGUAUCAAUAGCUGCCGGAAACGACGAUGCACUUGCAUGCAAUACCUCACCAGCUAGAGUGGAAGCUGCUUUGACAGUUGGUGCCACUGAGAGCAAUGACCAACGUGCACCAUAUUCUAACUUUGGUGGUUGUGUCGAUAUCUUUGCACCUGGAAGUGAUGUUAGAAGUUCCUACAAUACCGAUGACAGUGCGUACGCAGUUCUCAGCGGAACUUCAAUGGCAUGCCCACACGUAACAGGUGUUGCUGCUGUUCACUUGGGUGCUGGUACUUGCAGUAAUAAUGCUGCAUGCAGAAACAAAAUACUCGCAGACGCAACUACGGGAGUGGUCGGUAAUCCAGGAAUUGGAUCCCCUAAUCUCCUGUUGUAUUGUGCUUAAAGGAAUUGCGUUUAACGGGUAAGCGAUUGCAGUUCACAGUGGAAAAAUAAAAUGAAUGUCGAAUGAAGGGUGAUUGUGAUUUCAUGCGAAUGUAGAUGCAAAAAUUUA